AUGCUGCUCGACGAAGAUCCUGCCACACUCAUCCACCACACCAUCGGCAACUUCAACAUCCACCCCGAUAAACAAGCCGUCACCCGCAUCAAUGACUCCCUGUCCACGCUGCAACAGUCGCGCGAUCUGCGCAUGCGCGAUGCUGAAUCCGCCCUGCGAAAGCUCUCCCGCCAUCUGCACUCCCUGACUGCCCAGCACAACGAGGCCGUCGCCGCCCAUGACUCAUCCAAACACGCCGCCGCCAUGGUCGAGCUGGACACCAAGAAGUUCCGCAUCGCCAAGUCGGCCACCGAGCUGGAGAACGAGAGUGACCGGCUGGAGAGUGAGCUAGAGAUGCUGAAGGAGCGGCUGGCGGAUCUGGAGGCGCAGGGGCUGGAAGGUGACGAGGCGACUCGUCGGGAGCGUGAAGCCGACGAUGCCACCAUUCUCCGGCUCAAGAUCUACCGCUCGCUCGGCGUCGACAUUGAGGCCGACGAAUCCGGAACGUUCAACAAGGCGGUCAUUCGCAAUAGUCGCAAGGGCGACGUGCACGUCGUCAACGUUGAUCCCAAGUUCUCCCGGUUCUUCUACGCAAACUACUUUUGGUCGAACAUGCAAGGAUAG